AGCACCAUGACAUCCACAGAGGAGAAAAUAAUUGUCGUGUCCUGGGCCGGCGACGACGAUCCAGAAAAUCCUAAAAAUUGGACUAAUACUCAGAAAUGGAUCGUGACCGGUCUUAUAUCCACAAGUAUGAUGCUGUCACACAUGUCGUCGUCGAUGAUAGCUCCAGCUGCUAGGGAUGUGGCGAAAGAUCUUGGAUCCACCAGCCCCAUUUUUGAACCUUUACUAACUUCGGUAUUCAUCUUGGCAUACGGUAAGGCCGAACCUACUACUUGGAACUUCCUUUCGGCUUUUCUGUAUUUUGUUUCGAUCGCUCACGUCUUGGGCCGUUCCAGAGUGGUGCAACUAGCCAAUGUAUUUUACAUCGUCUUCAAUCUUCUCUGCGCUUUUGCGAAAGAUCCUAAUACUAUGUGGUUGUGUCGUUUCUUUGCUGGUAUUGGUGCGAGCUGCGCCGCUGGCAGUGCCUCCGUGGGGUUAUUAUUAGCGAUUGUUGGAGCGCCAAGAGGGCCUAGUCGCGGGGUAGCUCUGCUUGCCAUACCGUCUCUCUUGGGUCCAGUCAUUGGACCUAUCGUUGGCGCAUGGCUUGUCAUGAAUACGACAUGGAAAUGGAUCUUCUGGUUGACCUCUAUUGCUGCCGUCUUUGACCAAGUCGGCUCCUUCUUUUGGCUCAAAGAGAAUACGUCACGAGUCAUCAGCAGAAUCUACCCUAAGUAUACGAUUCGUUGGCACUCGAGAUUAUCUCUGAUCCUCUGCCCUACUAGUCCUUCCCUCACGCACAUGAUUCUACUGCUCCAUCCCGUCUUUUUGCUUUUGACCGAACCUAUGAUCCAGCUACUAGGGAUAUAUAUAGGCCGUCUCUCUGACUUUCUCACAGUGAUACUAACGUCAAUUCCAGACAUCUUCGUUGUUGUAUAUCACGAGAGCCUCGGAAUUGCAGGAUUACAUUAUAUCGCAUUUGGGAUUGGCCUUUAUGGAGGAGCACAAAUCGCCGAUGCAACCCAGAACGAGUUAUAUCGCUGCCUCAGUGCUCGCUACGGGACAACUGGUCGUCCUGAGUAUCGAAUCCUCAUUAUACUACCUGCUACCCUACUUGUGACUAUCGGACUGCUCAUAACAGGUACGUCACAAUCAUAG